GAUGUUCCUCAGCUCUAUUUUGUUUCGGUUUAUUGCCUUGAUUUGUUUUUAACGUAAACAUACAUUUAAUAUAUAAUAGAUAAUAUGGGUUUCCUGUUUAUACUCAGUUGGAUAUCAUUAGGCAUACAGAUCACAUUCAUCACUCUGUCCAUAGUGGCUGGUCUUUAUUAUCUGGCCGAGCUAGCGGAGGAGUACACAACACCAGCACGCAAAGUAAUAUUAUUCAUGAUCAGCUUCACCAUAUUUGUUUACAUCAUGCUGAUGGCCUUUGAGGAUUUCCCUUGGACAAUGCUGCUAUGUGGCUUCUUGGCUCAAGGUUUCCAUUUAAGCAUAAUGGGUGGGUUUCCCUUUAUCCGACUGAUGUCGGUGCCUUUCAUUGGCUCCCUAAUCAUGUUGGUGAUCAAUCAUGCAUUGGCAUUUCAGUACUUCACCAGCGUCUAUGUGCCUUUUACCCAGGUUCUGGCCUAUUUCACCAUUUGCAUGUGGAUGGUGCCGUUUGGCCUUUUUGUUUCGUUAAGCGCCAACGACAGUGUUUUGCCCACUGUCAAUGAGCAGAGUCGUCUGGGCAGUCCAGAUGUGGUUAGCAAUUACUUCUCGAGGAAUAAAAAGCAGGGAUUACUGUCGCUAUUCAAUUAUAUGAAGGAGACAUUGCUGCCGGGACGCAGCAAGAAAUCAUUUUGAUGUCCAUGGAUAGCUAUUUCAAGUAGUUCCUUUAUGUAAAUUAUUUAUUUUUAAUACCAGGAGAAGACUAACAAAUGACAAACGUAUGAAUUAAUAACGAUAAAAUUUUAGAAUUCA